AGCUCAUAGGAUGAUAAUAAUGAACCGCUUUGCAUGGUUUGGUAUAUGUCUAUAUGAUAUACCUCUGUAAAGUUGACUUAGCUUUAGAGAAGUUGGCAAGCGGUUGAAUAUUGGCUGUUGCUACCUUGAUUAACAAAGCGGUCAUGUAGCAUACUGGUUGAAGUGCUUGCAUGCGAAAGCAAGGUCCUUAGUUCGAUUCUUGAUGGAGGCUGUUUUUUCUUUCUUUUUUAAUGAGGCCUGAUGCUAAGGACGUGGGCCGCUGAAGCUUGGGCCGAGCGGUUGUUAAGCGGGCCGUGUUGGACUGUCGGCGGUUGUAUGCUCUCAUCAUCGGCUUGGAGGGCGAUAAUUGGGUAAAAUAAAUUAUCUCGCGGUAUUGAUUCACAAGUUGCUCUUGUAGUCUGUUGGCAGCUGAGUCAAGUUGUUGUUGAUGUUGUGCGGUCGUGGGUUCGUAGCCUGGGGGACGUGUUCUUUUAGCUGUUUUUGGCCGUGGCGGUCCUUGAUGAACGCGGAGUUGGGCUGGACGCAUAUUGAGGGCUUCGGAGGCGGGCCUGCAUUUGGAGACGCUAGAGAGCUUGAGACUGGCCCGCGUUGCUCAGUUGAAGCGGAGCGGGCUGAAUUGUGCGGUUGGCGGGCUGGAUGCAUAGGAAGGGCUUUAGAGGUGGGCCUGCAUUUGGAGACGCUAGAUGUGGUGAGUUGGACGCAUAUUGAGGGCUUCGGAGGUGGGCCUGCAUUUGGAGACGCUAGAGAGCUUGAGACUGGCCCGCGUUGGUCAGUUGAAGCGGAGCGGGCUGAAUUGUGCGGUUGGCCGGCUUUGGAAUCUUAUUGGGCGGUUGCGUGGGCUUUGCCUGGUGGUGGGCCGAGUGACAGCAUUAUGGGCCUCGACUGGAAUGGAAGGCGAUCCGUGCGGGUUGAUGGUAGGUGGCCCAAGUCAUGUUGAUGAUGAUGGCCUGAGUCCAAACGAGCGGGACGCUUUGCGAGGCUUAACUUGUGUAUGCUUCUUUGGGCUGGGUGCAGUUGGUGGCCAAAAUCUGUAACUGCUGCGGUUUGUUCGAAGUUGGGCCCAAUAUUUCCUUUUGUCGAGAGCUCAGGCGGCUCUAGGAUUUUGGCAGCGGCUGCGGUUGCUUGUAAUUAAUGGAGGGGCUGAUUUCUUCCUCUUUUUCAGAAAUCAAACGAAAUGAGUACC